GGGGUGGGGGGAGGGCUUAGUGGACAGCUGGUGGUAGGACACCCAGAGCAGUGGUGUCCCCGGUCCCUGUGCUGUGAGAGGGAACUGGUGUGGGCACACUGGGCAUUGGUGACAGAGCUCCAGGGGCCGUGGUCCCUGGGCACAGAGGAGGUGGCCAAGCAGGAGGCCUGAGGUGGCUGGUGCUCAGCCUCCCUGGGCUUUGGGAAGGGCCCCGCCAGUGAGGAGGUCACAGAGACAGAGAACAAGAUGGGGAGGCACAGCCCCUGUGUGCCCUACUCUGCGCUCUUCCUCCUGCUCCUGCUGCUGCUACUUCUGCCCCUGCUCAGCGCAGGGAGCACCCCAGGCCCCGGUCUGUACCCCAUCAUGUCCCAUGGUUCAGAAGCAAGCCAACACUGGCACCACAGUCAGAGGGAGACUGAUUGUUGGGGCUCCUUCGACCUCUACUUCAUUCUGGACAAGUCUGGCAGCGUGGAUGACAACUGGAUUAAAGUUCAUUCAUUUGUGGCAGAUUUGGUGGCAAGAUUUAAAAACCCCAAUCUGCGCAUGUCCUUCAUUGUCUUCUCCCGAACUGCCGAAGUUAUCAUGCCGCUCACUGGAGACAGAGAUGAAAUCCACAGUGGUCUUAACAGACUCCAGCGGGUGGUGCCUGGAGGCUAUACAUACAUGCAGGAAGGCUUCAAAGAGGCAAAUGAGCAGAUCAUGAGAUACCACUUUGGAGGCAAGAAAGUUGCCAGCGUGAUUAUCGUGCUGACUGAUGGGAUGCUAAUGAAAGACCCAUUUGAGAAGACAAAGCAGGAGGCUGACAAAUCCCGGAACAUAGGGGCCGUCAUUUAUACCGUGGGUGUGCUGGACUACGACAAAGACCAGAUGGUGGCACUCGCAGACACACCAGGACACAUGUUCGGGGUGGACAGUGGCUUUGAGGGUCUGCAGGACAUCGUGGACUCGCUUGUCUCCAAGUCCUGUCUCGAGGUGACGUCGGUGGAGCCAUCUUACUUUUGUGUGGGAGAGCCCUACACGGUGGUCGUCAGGGGACAAGGUUUUCAUAAUGCAAAAGGCCCAGACCAGGUUAUUUGCAGAUUCAAGUUCAGUGGCACCAACAUCUAUGAUGUAAAACCCACCAGUGCGGAAGAAGCUUCCAUAACAUGUCCUGGACCAAAGAUAGAUCAGCCUGGACAGAAGCUCUCUGUUGACCUCAGCCUCAACAAUGGCGCCAGCUUCAUCGGGAACAAAUUCAACAUCACCAGCACCGAGUGUGUAAACACCAAGAGUCGCCCUAUGGUACGACAAAGGUCCAAAAUCAAGCCCUACCUGAAAUUCCUGCCAGCCCUGCUGCUGAUCCCACUGCUGCUGUGCUGUUGCUGGUGUCUGUGGAGGAGGAAGGACACCAAGGAGCCAUCACCAACUCCGCCUGAUCCUGAAAUGCCCAUGAUACCACCCCUACACAGGCCAAAAAUGGAGCCAGAAGAGGAGAAAUUGCCUCCUCCUCCACCACCGCUACGGCCUCCUCUUACUCAGCAGCCACCCCCACCUCCUCCUCCCAUAAACACGAGCCCCACUGUGAUUGUCUCCUGCUGUGGGUGUGGCGGGGGCAGAACCAUAGAGGGAAAUCUGGAUUCCUGCUGCAGCUAUAUCUGCCCAAGCUGCCACCAAAUGCCACUGACGUGGUGUCAGCCCAAGGCGGGGAGGCACACCAACAUCACCCUGAUGAAUCCCCACUGUGGGCAGGCCUCCUGUGUCCAGAAGAUCUGCCUCCACCCCAACAGGAAGUGCUACCAUAUUGCACAGACACAAGGCACACCAAGGAUCUGCCUUCAACCCAACAGGGAGUGUUUCUCCAUCCCAGAGGUUGAGCAGGAGGGGGUCACAGUGAAGGGCAGCUCCCACUUCAACCCGGACCCCGAUGCCGAGACCCUCUACAAAGCCAUGAAGGGGAUCGGGACCAACGAGCAGGCCAUCAUCGAUGUGCUCACCAAGAGGAACAACGCACAGAGACAGCAGAUCGCCAAGUCCUUCAAGGCUCAGUUCGGCAAGGAUCUCACCGAGUCACUGAAGUCAGAGCUGAGUGGCAAGUUCGAGAGACUCAUUGUGGCCCUCAUGUACCCGCCCUACAAGUAUGAGGCGAAGGAGCUGCAUGACGCCAUGGAGGGAUUAGGGACCAAAGAAGGGGUCAUCAUUGAGAUCCUGGCCUCUCGGACCAAACACCAGCUUCAAGAAAUAAUGAAGGCCUACGAGGAGGACUAUGGGUCCAGCCUAGAGGAAGACAUCCAAGGAGACACAAGUGGUUACCUGGAGCGGAUCCUCGUGUGCCUGCUGCAGGGCAACAGGGAUGACAUCAGUGGCUAUGUGGACCCAGCACUGGCUGUACAAGACGCACAGGAUCUGUAUGCAGCAGGCGAGAAGAUCAGUGGGACUGAUGAAAUGAAAUUUAUCACCAUCCUGUGCACGCGCAGCGCCACUCACCUGAUGAGAGUGUUCAAAGAGUAUGAGAACAUCGCCAACAAGAGCAUCGAGGACAGCAUCAAGAGCGAGACCCACGGCUCAUUGGAGGAGGCCAUGCUCACCGUGGUGAAGUGCACCCGGAACCUGCACAGCUACUUUGCGGAGAGACUGUACUACGCUAUGAAGGGAGCGGGGACACGCGAUGGGACCCUGAUAAGGAACAUCGUCUCGAGGAGUGAGACUGACUUGAAUCUUAUCAAGUGUCAGUUCAGUAAGAUGUAUGGCAAGUCCCUCAGCGGCAUGAUCAUGGAUGACACCAGCGGUGACUACAAGAAUGCCCUGCUGAAUCUGGUGGGCAGUGACCCAUGAAGUCACUGAAGAAUGAGAGCCAAGGCCAAGAAGCAGGGGCCUCUGGGCCCUGCCCCAUGACCUUGGCCAUGGUGGGGGUUGGGAGGCCUUCAGCUGGCUUCCAGUUUUUAUCUCCCAGUGCUUUCUGACCAACAUUUCUGACCCAGAGGAUGACACUGGCCCCAGCUUCUAUUUCCAUCUUCUCUCCCAUGUCAUCUCCAGGUUGUGCACAAAUACUUUAGCAAAGCUCUUGCUGGAUGACUAUGCCGGCUUACAGGGGCUCAUGAGUCUUUUCUUCCUCCUAGACAGAGCCUGCCUGAGCUUGACUAGUUACAGAAUUACCUGGGCUCAGGUUAUGCAGAUACCUUGGCCCAAUCCCAUGUACAGAUUCAAGGAUCCCUCAGGAGGAUUAGAGAAUGUAGAUCUCUAACAAGUGUCUCAGUCAUUUGCUUCCUUCUCAGCCACCAACCAGAGAGCCCUGAGAGUCCUUUCAUAGUAGGGCACAGGCCCCUGAACCACUGAGAAAGGGAUGCAUAUCUAUGCCAACUGGGAUACCACCAGCCUCCUCAGGAAACAUCAGGCUCUGACUUCCUCACACUAUCCUAAUGACAGAGUAAUUAGACUACACAUCAAGGUCUUGAUCCAAGGACGCUGUGUCCUAGAGGCUCAGGCUUCCUGGUUGUUCAGCAGCUCUGCUCUCUCCUUUGUGACACAGAACUGCAGCAUGGGGGAUGACACAUGCUGAGCAUGACUCAUCCUGACCCAAGGCCACCAAGCCUGGAGAACCACAGAGGCCUAACCCUCGUCUUCCUAGAUAUUUACUGGGAUUUCAGAAUAAUAAACAUCUG